AUACGGACCGGAGCCACCAUCGCUCCCUUUGCUGCUCAUCCGCUAUUUACGCCUUCACUCAGCCUAAUACCUGGUGACCUUUGCCAUGGCAUCCCAAGGCUCCAAAAAUGGCGUGGCGCUUCAGCGACCUACUCCGACUCGCGAGACUCAGGAGCUAUACGACGCGAUGCGGCGGGAGGAGGAACGUCUUACUCCCGAGUCCCUAAGCCAGAUACCAGCUUGGGAAAAUCGGUUUUCAGAUCCGCUCUCCACUUCCCGGCCCUUGACUUCCCCCACUUCGCCCUCUUACGAUACCCUCUCGCAAGCCACGGCGGAGACUGGUGUGUCCGAUCCCCAGAGGGCAAAGAAACCACGGCCUGGCCGCAAGGGGCCUCUGCCACAGGCCAAGAAACUGCGGGCUGCUCUGCUGCGGAAGUUACGGGCCUGCGAUGAGUGUCGGGAACGGAGAGUCAGGUGCGCCCACUUCGAUUUCUCGCUGUUCGAAGACGCCUACCAAGCGUGCAAGCAGCAAGAGAACCGUCUCGUCGACGCCGACCCUCAUGACACACGUGCCCGGUCGCAACGGCCCCGUCUCGGCGACGCGGCUGACCUCCUCGGCGUCGGGCUGGGACAGAGCCGGCCCCUCUACUCAUCAUCUGCCGUCGUCCCGUGGAGCGACAGUGCAGUGGACGAGGUGUCGCCCGACACCGACCCGCUGUGGAAUCAGCAAAACCAGCUCCAACCUUAUGUGACGUUUUCCAACUUCCAAGAGCCUGAGCCGCGCCACUUGUUCCCGGUCGUCCCGGCGUCGCGCUCCGUCACGGAUCUCCCAUUGUCGCGACAGACGGCGGGGGCGCUUCCGUCGUCGCGCUCCGCAACGAGUCUUCCGUCGUUGCGCCUCACCGCGGCGAAUCUCCCAACGUCGCGGCCAGCCGAUGCGCUUCCGCUGCCACCACGCAACAACAUCGCGCUGGGAAAACAGCUCUCUGCGGGCAGCGACUGGUGGUUGUGCCUGUGGGGACACGGCGACCAACCCGCUUCAUUGCGUGAGCCUGUGCCGGUGCCUUGCAACGGGCAAUUUCGAGGCCUGGAGGCCCUAAAGACGCACUUUGGGCAUGAGCAUGGCGUCUUCUACCAGGAUUGGCACCUGUGGAAAUGCGUCGAGUGUGAGCUCGAGUUGUCGAAGCCGCCCGAUCCGGGCCGCCCGUGCCCCAUGUGCGGCCAGGCCGAGUCGUUAGGCUGGAACGCGUGGUAUUAUGCCCGGGUGUAAGUACUGCGGUUGCGUCGCGCGGUUGUUCGGGGAAGAGCCUGUGGCUGAGGAUUGGGCGUGGCUUAUUAGCCAUGUCGUUGGUAUUGAUGUCGGUUGGGCUGUCCGCGCCGGGUUUCUGG